AUGGCUGGCCUUGGUUCUGGCAACAGGACGCGGAAGUUUGCCCGGCUGAGCAUGGAUGAUUUCCACCACCCGGCUCAUGGCGUUCGUGGCGUUGGCGUUGGCGAGGCCGGCGCGAGUUCCGAGCGCUUCAAUCGGUCUCAGAGUCUGGCAAUGCACAUGGGCGGCUGCGCGGUCGAGGAUGGCGAUGACGACCACGACGACGAUGCUGAGGCUGAGGCGGGCCAUCAUGCCUCCGGCUCCUCGUCGGCACCAGGAAAGAAGGCCAUCAAGGGCAUGAUCCGCCGUGCUUCGGUCUCUCUGCACGACUUCAUCCAGCGUCGCGCCUCCUUCGCUGGCGGCAAGACCGCUUCGACUGCCGACGACGCCGCCAAUCCCGGCUCCCACUUCCUUCCCAACCGCAUCCUUCGCUCCUCUCAUGCCCACUCGCAGUCCCAGUCCCACGCGCAGGGCAAGCUGCCUGUUCGUUUGCAGCCUGCCAACACAGACGCUCGGCCGACGACGUCACACAACUUCUCCAGUUGGCGUCGUGUUCGCCAGGCUGCCAGCUUCCGGCACUCGCGUGUCUUUGACAGCGAGUCGUCCUCGGCUGCGGGCGUCUCAGAGUCUGGCUCGGCAAAUGCCUAUGGCGAGACCAUGGCCCCCGAAUCCAUGGACUAUGCCAUUCGCGAGUCUUGCGACUUGGAUGGCGACUACCACCGCCUCGCACCGACGUUGUCUUCGUCAGCGCCCCUGCCUGGCGGGCUGUCGUCGAUGCAUGGCCCGCCUGUUUUCCGGUCACGCCCGCCUAUCAUCCCGCCUAAUACAGGGGGUGCCGCUCGCGCGGCUGCUGCUGCCGCCAUUCAGACGGACAUCCUCCAGGUGUUGCAGCCCAAGUGGCUUCAGCAGGACGAAGUCGGCAACGACCGUGAAUCCGGCAUUGGUAUUGCCAUUACAUCCACAGAAUCGGACAGCGCCGACGAGGCCAAUGGACAGGAGUCGUACAGCGCCUUGAGUUGCGCUUCUGGGGUGGCACCUCAGCUUGAUGUGGCCAAGGUUGACUUUGUUGGUAACCUGCCAAUGGAGCUGGCCAUCAUGAUUCUGUCGGAACUGGAUGCGGCGGGCCUUUCUGCCGCAUCGCGCGUGUCGCGUGCGUGGUUCGAUGCUGUCCGGAAUCAACACAUCUGGCGCGAGUCUUUUCUUCGCGAGAAGACCACCACCUACGCUACCAGCGGACCUGUCCAGCCGGGUGUCGGCCUUGGUGUGCCGCCCAUUCGCCCUUCGUGCGAUUGGCGUCAGAUCUAUCGCGUGAAGCAGGAACUCGACCGUCGCUGGCAGGAGGGGAAGACACGCCCUGUCUACCUCAACGGCCAUUCUGAUAGCAUCUACUGUUUGCAAUUCGACGAACAAAAAAUUAUUACGGGCUCUCGUGACAAGACUAUCCGUAUCUGGGACAUGAACACCCUCGCAUGCCGUCUUGUCAUUGGCCCUCCCGAGGUCGUGCGCGACCCCAAGCUCCUCUACGACGACGACGGCCAGCCCGCUCACUAUAUCACAACGGCUUAUCAUACCCGUAGCUCGAACAGUAUGCCCGCAGCGGUCAGCUUCCCUAUGCACCACUCGGCCUCCAUUCUCUGCCUGCAGUACGAUGACCGUAUCCUCGUGACUGGCAGCUCGGACUCGUCGUGCAUCGUCUAUUCGGUCAAGUCGGGCUAUCGCCCGAUUCGUCGCCUCCUCCACCACACGGCGGCUGUUCUCGACCUUUGCUUCGACGACCGCUACAUCAUCACCUGCAGCAAGGACGUCACCAUUUGCGUCUGGGAUCGGGAGACCGGUGCCAUGCUCAAGCAGCUGCGAGGCCACUCCGGUCCCGUCAACGCAGUCCAGAUGCGUGGCAACACAAUCGUGUCGUGCUCGGGUGAUUUCCGCGUCAAGCUGUGGAACAUCGAGACUGGCAAGGCCAUUCGCGAGUUCACGGGCCACACCAAGGGCCUGGCAUGCAGCCAAUUCUCCGAGGACGGGCGUUUUGUGGCGUCGGCGGGUAACGACCGCGUCAUCCGCAUCUGGGACGCGAACACCGGCGAGUGUGUGCGCGAGAUGAAGGCGCACGAAAGCCUCGUCCGCAGCCUGCACAUCGACUCGGUGUCGGGCCGUCUCGUCAGCGCCAGCUACGACCGCGACAUCAAGGUUUUUGACAUGGAAACUGGCCAGCAGCUUCUGGACUUCCCGCAGUGGCACCAGAGCUGGGUGCUGAGCGCCAAGAGCGACUACCGCCGCAUCAUCAGCACGGGUCAGGAUCCCAAGAUUCUGGUGAUGGACUUUGGCGCUGGCAUUGACGGCAUUGACAUGCUGGAGACGGCCGAUGCGAACGCGGCCAUAUGCGCUUCCACUUGCGCGACGGGUGACACGACAGUCGCAACUAACGAACACAUGAACUGGAUGCCGACCGUGCUGGAUGCCCCUCCUCCACAGGCAGCACACGAAGCUGCGACUGCCUUUUAA